AUGUUGUUCACAAUCACAAGUGGUACUAUAAGCUCCAUAUUUGCUGUCUUAUUUGUGCUCCUAACAACCUCUGCUAUAUGUUGUUUAAGUGCUGGGAUCAGCUCCAACAUUAGGUGCCUAGAGACACAGAAAAAUGCUCUGCUUCAGUUCAAACAAGGCCUAGUGGAUAACUCCAAUGUUCUUGGAUCUUGGGAAAGCAAAAAAGAUUGUUGCCAGUGGAGAGGAAUUACAUGCAGCAACCAAACAGGUCAUGUAACCAUGCUGGAUCUCUACUAUAAUUCUUCUGAUAUUUCCAAUCUUGAAACUCCUUUAAGUGGUGUGAUUGCUCCUUCUCUGCUUGAAUUGCAAUAUCUAAAUUACUUGGACCUGAGUUUCAAUAAUUUUGAGGGAAAGAUUCCCGACUUCAUUGGCUCUUUGAGUCAGCUGAAACAACUCAAACUUGCAGGUGCUAGUCUUAGCGGACCUGUUCCUCCCCAACUGGGAAAUCUUUCUCAUUUGUAUACUCUUGAUCUUGCACAUAACUUUGUUACCUUUGAAAAUCUUGAGUGGUUAUCUCAUCUUUCCUCUUUGAGAUACCUGAACAUGUCAAGUCUUAACUUCUCUAAGGUUGUAAAUUGGCCUCACUCUAUAAGCAAGCUCCCUUCACUGGUUGAGCUGCAGUUAUCUUCAUGUAGUCUUCCUAAUGUCAACCUGAGAUCGCUUUCUUUCCUCAAUUCUUCGACCUCUCUUGAAGUCCUUGAACUCUCUGAUAAUUUUCUUAAUUCUUCCAUUUUCUAUUGGAUGGCCAAUAUCAGCACCAGCCUUGUACACAUUGGAUUGAUGGGAGACCAGUUACAAGGUCUCAUCCCAGAUGUUUUCUCAAACAUGAUUUCUCAAACAUCUCUUGAUCUGUCUUAUAACCAACUUGAGGGUGGGAUACCAAAAUCCUUUCGAAACCUAUGCAGAUUAGAAUCAUUGAACUUACGGGAAAACAAACUUUCUGAUAAACUUCAAGACUCUAUCGAAAACUUGUCUUGUGCUCAGGAUACCCUUGAGUCCUUACAAUUAAGUGGCAACCCGUUUUGGGGGCCAUUUCCUGAUAAUCUUACAAGAUUUUCAUCCUUGAAUGAACUAUACAUCGAUGGUACCAAUAUGAGCGGGCCUCUCCCGAAAAGUUUUCAGCAACUUUACCACCUAAGAUACUUGAGCCUAGUUUCAAACCAGUUCAGCGGGCCAUUGCCAGAUUUUACAGGUCUUUCAUCAUUAAGACAACUAUUUCUUUCCAAAAAUCAACUAACCGGCUCGCUACAUGAGAGUAUUGGGCAACUUUCUAGCCUUGAAUUUUUGGAUAUUUCUGUGAAUUCUUUGAAUGGUGUCUUCACAGAAGUCCACUUCUUGAACCUCUCUCGUUUACAGUUUUUGGAUGUUUCUUACAAUCCUUUGUCUUUCAACUUGAGUCCGUAUUGGAACCCACCUUUUCAACUUAAUUCAUUACACAUGAGUUCUAGCAAUGUAGGCCCUGACUUUCCCAAAUGGAUUCAGACACAGAGAAAACUUACUGCUCUUGGUAUGUCAAAUGCUGGGAUCUCAGGUUCAGUACCUAAUGAGUUUUGGGAUCUAUCUUCCAACUUACUUGAAUUAAAUCUCUCUAUGAACCAAAUCCAUGGGAAGUUUCCCAAUCUUUCAACAAAGAACUGCACCUUUUUCACAAUUGACUUGACAUCUAAUCAGUUUUCUGGUCCACUCCCACCAUUUCCUUCAAACAUAAGCAAUGUUUUUCUCUCCAAAAACAUGUUUUCCGGACCCCUAUCUUCCUUAUGUGCAACACAAGCUCCAGAAUUGUAUAAUCUCGACCUUUCUGAGAACCUACUGUCAGGGGAGCUUCCUGAUUGUUGGAUCCAAUAUCAAGCAUUACACUCACUGAAUUUGGCAAAGAAUAAUUUCUCCGGAAAAGUACCGAGCUCAUUAGGGCAGUUAACGUAUGUUGUGUUGUUACGCUUGCAUGACAACAAUCUUUCAGGAGAACUGCCUCCUUCUUUAAAGAACUGUACAGAAUUAAGGGUUGUUGACCUUGGAGCCAAUAAAUUAUCUGGAAACAUACCAGCAUGGAUAGGCCCCAGCCUAACAAACUUGCUGGUUCUACGCUUACGGUCUAAUGAGUUCUAUGGAAGCAUACCCUUGAGUCUAUGUAGUCUUCCCGCUCUUCAUGUUUUAGACCUCUCUCAGAACAAUAUAUCUGGAGCCUUGCCACAUUGCCUUCCAAAUAUAACAGCUUUGUCUUCUGUGUCGCCGAAGGUGGAGGAAAAUUGGAUUCUUGGCUUUGUACAACUGGUGUGGAAAGGGAUAGAGAUUGAAUUUGGAGAAAAUCUUAAGCAUUUGAGAAGCAUCGACAUCUCAAACAAUAACUUAAAUGGGGACAUUCCACAAAGUAUAACAAGUUUGCUAAAGUUGAUUUCUCUGAACCUAUCAAGAAACAGUUUUACAGGUGUGCUUCCCAGCAACUUUGGUCAGUUGGAGAUGUUAGAAUCUCUUGAUUUGUCAAGAAACCAGAUAUCUGGUAGAAUCCCUCCAAGUUUUUCAAGCUUACAUUAUCUUAGUGUCUUGGACUUGUCACACAACAACUUAUCAGAAAGAAUUCCACUAAGCACCCAACUUCAAACUUUUAAUGCUUCUGCAUUUAUGGGAAAUCUUGGACUUUGCGGGCCACCACUCACGCCAGAAUGCCCAGGGGAUGGAGCAACUCAAGAUCCUGCAGCCCCCAAUGGAGAUGGAGGUGAUAAGACCAAACAAGAAGAUGAUGGUCUCAUAAGCUUCGGAUUUUAUGUCAGCAUGGUGCUUGGAUUGAUCAUAGGAUUCUGGGGAGUCUGUGGUACUUUACUGCUUAAGAGUUCUUGGAGAUACGCCUAUUUCCGUUACUUGGAUAAUAUAAAAGAUCAGAUUAUGUGA